CGACUGAAAUAGUUGGAGUCGAAAUUGGCACUUUUCCCAGUAAAAGGGACCCAAAACUACUAUCCAACUUUGAAAGACGGGAAACGCCGACGUUUAUCACUUCUGCUUAUAUGUUUUCAACUUUUUAUAUUUAAUGUAGGGAUAUAUAUACAUAACGUAAUGUUAGCUCAGUAAUUGCACAUGAUAGAAUGUUACUGUGAAUGGUAUACGAUGAUGAAUAUAAACUCUUUUCUAGUAGAAAAUAACUAACUAAUUAAACUCUCUAUCAAUCAAGAAAGCAAUAAAAAUCAAUAAAAAGAUAAAUUAAAAUGGAGGGGAGAUGAGAUAAAGGUUAGAAGCUUACGGUGAUGUUUUCGUAUCAAUCUCAAUCUCUCUCCAUACCUCCAACGCCAUUAAUACUUGAAUAAACAUAAAAUUUCUCCAUUGAAUUGCCUAUAAAUACACAUAUAUCCCACUUCUUCAAUUUCACAUUACAAAAGCCUCCCAAAAACUGCAAAGAGUCUCAUAUUAGUUCUUACUCUCAGAAAUAAAACACACUCUUUCUGAAAAGAUUAGCGUUUCAAACCCCGAAAUGGCCCGUUGUCAUGGAAGUCUUGCUAUUUUCUUAUGCGUUCUUUUGAUGCUCGCUUGCUGCCAAGCUUUGAGUAGCAACGUAGAUGAUGGAUAUGGUCAUGAAGAUGGAAGCUUCGAAACCGAUAGUUUAAUCAAGCUCAACAACGACGACGACGUUCUUACCUUGAAAAGCUCCGAUAGACCCACUACCGAAUCAUCAACUGUUAGUGUUUCGAACUUCGGAGCAAAAGGUGAUGGAAAAACCGAUGAUACUCAGGCUUUCAAGAAAGCAUGGAAGAAGGCAUGUUCAACAAAUGGAGUGACUACUUUCUUGAUUCCUAAAGGGAAGACUUAUCUCCUUAAGUCUAUUAGAUUCAGAGGCCCAUGCAAAUCAUUACGUAGCUUCCAGAUCCUAGGCACUUUAUCAGCUUCUACAAAACGAUCGGAUUACAGUAAUGACAAGAACCACUGGCUUAUUUUGGAGGACGUUAAUAAUCUAUCAAUCGAUGGCGGCUCGGCGGGGAUUGUUGAUGGCAACGGAAAAAUCUGGUGGCAAAACUCAUGCAAAAUCGACAAAUCUAAGCCAUGCACAAAAGCGCCAACGGCUCUUACUCUCUACAACCUAAACAAUUUGAAUGUGAAGAAUCUGAGAGUGAGAAAUGCACAGCAGAUUCAGAUUUCGAUUGAGAAAUGCAACAGUGUUGAUGUUAAGAAUGUUAAGAUCACUGCUCCUGGCGAUAGUCCCAACACGGAUGGUAUUCAUAUCGUUGCUACUAAAAACAUUCGAAUCUCCAAUUCAGACAUUGGGACAGGUGAUGAUUGCAUAUCCAUUGAGGAUGGAUCGCAAAAUGUUCAAAUCAAUGAUUUAACUUGCGGCCCCGGUCAUGGCAUCAGCAUUGGAAGCUUGGGGGAUGACAAUUCCAAAGCUUAUGUAUCGGGAAUUAAUGUGGAUGGUGCUACGCUCUCUGAGACUGACAAUGGAGUAAGAAUCAAGACUUACCAGGGAGGGUCAGGAACUGCUAAGAACAUUAAAUUCCAAAACAUUCGUAUGGAUAAUGUCAAGAAUCCGAUCAUAAUCGACCAGAACUACUGCGACAAGGACAAAUGCGAACAACAAGAAUCUGCGGUUCAAGUGAACAAUGUCGUGUAUCGGAACAUACAAGGUACGAGCGCAACGGAUGUGGCGAUAAUGUUUAAUUGCAGUGUGAAAUAUCCAUGCCAAGGUAUUGUGCUUGAGAAUGUGAACAUCAAAGGAGGAAAAGCUUCUUGCAAAAAUGUCAAUGUUAAGGAUAAAGGCACCGUUUCUCCUAAAUGCCCUUAAUUACUAAGUUGAUUAUGUAAUAUACAUAAAUACGUAUUAUAUGUGGUUAUAGAUGCCAUCUAUAUCCUUAUCUACGUAUUGAUUCUCGAUAUAUAUAGAAAACUAAGGAUUUAUGGGAAUAUACAUACAAUAGUUGAGAUAAUUGUUGUCUUGUAUAUGGUUCACUGAAGUUGAUUGCUUGUCCACGAAUAAAUGAAUAAUGUCAUUUGUCUAAUAUUUUG